AUGAUCAAAGGAGUUACGUUGGGCUUUCGUUACAAGAUGAGGUCUGUGUAUGCCCAUUUCCCCAUCAAUGUGGUUAUACAGGAAAGUGGCUCGCUUGUGGAGAUACGUAACUUCCUUGGGGAGAAGUAUAUCCGACGAGUGCGCAUGAGGCCAGGUGUCAAUUGUGCAGUAUCUCAAGCCCAGAAAGAUGAAUUGAUACUUGAAGGAAAUGACAUUGAAUUGGUAUCCAAUUCUGCUGCCUUGAUCCAGCAGGCCACAACAGUCAAGAAUAAAGAUAUCAGAAAGUUUUUGGAUGGUAUCUACGUCUCUGAGAAGGGAACAGUACAACAGGCAGAUGAAUAA